AUGGAUGCCAAAGUUUUUAGUCAAAACCUCCUUAAUGGAUUGACAUUGUCGCCGGAAUAUUUGCUGGCAGUAUUUUGGGAAACUAGCUACGCGUUUCUGUUGCUGGGAUCGGCUAGUUUGGCUAUUUUUAUUUAUGUCGUCUACCUCAUUUGCUACAAACCGCUGAAUCGUGUGAAGCCCUACGAGUCAGUGGGAUUUGAGCACUUGGAAAACCAAGGAUUCACAGCAAAAUGGCGAGCAUUUCGAGUGAAUCAAAUGAAAAAGAUGAACAUGGCCAGCGAACUUCCGCCCGUGUAUCCAAACGGCUGGUUCGCCUUGCUGGAAAGCGACGAUUUGCCAAUAAGUUCCACAAAGUUCAUCCAAGCCUUAGGCGAGAACUUCGCGGUGUUUAGAGAUACUGGUGGAGAAGUACAUGUACUGGAUGCCUUCUGUCCUCAUUUGGGGGCGAAUUUGGGCAUUGGGGGCAAAGUUCGAGGCAAUUGCAUUCAGUGCCCUUUUCACGGCUGGUUGUUUGAUGGGAAAUCUGGCCAAUGCACGUCUAUUCCGUAUUCAGCAUCAAAACCUCCAGCCCAGGCGAAGGUCAAGACCUGGCCAUGCACAGAAAGUCUCGGAUUAAUCAUGGUUUGGUACCAUGCAGAAGGCGAGGAACCUUUUUGGCAACCACCGGAUGUGCAAGGGAUUAACGACGGGCAAUUUGCAUUUUGUGGGCGAUCUGAACAUUACAUUAGCACUCAUAUCCAGGAUUUGCCGGAGAAUGGUUCAGAUGUCGCUCAUCUCAAUGUACUGCACACCCCAGGAAUUCCAACAGGAUCCCAUUUGAACGACUUGGAUGGAUUCCUCAGCAAGAUCUUCAGUCAUUCGUGGACAGCUUCGUGGACGCAAAGUAGUCCAUCAUACACCUCGAAUGUUGCAUUGACUCACAUCGGGAAAGUGUUUUCUCGUCGAUUACCAUUCAUGGAUAUAAUGUCCAAUAUCGAACAAAGCGGACCGGGACUUGUGAUUCUGAGGUUCGACUCUUUGUUCGGCCUCGGCAAAGGAAUUUUGGUGCAGGCUGUCACCCCAGUGGAACCCUUGAUGCAACGAAUGAUUCAUCGAUUUUACUUCAGCAAUCGAUGGCUCAAGAUCAUCGGAAAGAUUUUCCUUUACGGCGAAAAUAUUCAAGUAAGGCUUUGA